AUGUGUUAUACCACGCUGGCUGCCGGAGCGUUGGCUCUUAUAUCUAGCACCCUAGCUCUAGCACAGACUGCUCCAACGACUUUGCCUACGGUGGCAUCAACGUUGACGUCCCAGGCUGCUUUACAACUGGACACUUUGAACCAGUAUGCCUACAACGCCACUACGGGCAGCUUUGACGAUACCACCACCAACAAACGCGGUGGCUGCAGUUUGAGCAACUUGAAGAUUCGUCGGGAGUGGUCCACUUUCACCGCUGCGCAGAAGAAAGCAUACAUCGAUGCAGUGCUCUGUCUUCAGAGCAAGCCUUCAAACACUCCUUCCAACCUGGUCCCCGGUGCGAGGACACGGUACGAUGACUUUGUAGCCACGCAUAUCAAUCAGACACCCAAUAUCCAUUACACGGGAACAUUCCUCGCAUGGCAUCGUUACUUCGCCUGGGAAUUUGAGCAGACGUUGAUCAAUGAGUGCGGGUACACCGGCACGAUUCCGUACUGGAACUGGCCCGCUUCCGCCAACUCCUUGGAGACCUACCCAGUCUUCGAUGGAAGCGCGACUUCCAUGUCUGGUAAUGGAGCACCGCGCGGGCCAAACGAUGCGAACGGCAAUAUAACCCUCAGCCUGCCCGGCUAUCCUGAUGUGUAUCUGCCACUCGGCACCGGGGGAGGCUGUGUGACCAGUGGCCCAUUCGUGAAUUACACUGUGAACCUAGGCCCAGCGGCUCUUGCGUUGCCCGAAGGCGGAACAGCCGCAGCGGCAAAUCCAUUGGACUAUAAUCCUCGCUGUUUGAAGCGUGAUCUGACUACCGCCGUCAUUCAGCAGUACGCGAAUUUCACGUCUGUGGUGAGCCUGAUCCUAAACAACAACGACAUCGCCGACUUCCAGCUUGCCAUGCAGGGUGUCCCCGGCAGCGGCGCAAUUGGUGUGCACGGCGGCGGCCACUAUGCAAUGGGCGGCGACCCAGGCCGCGAUGUGUUUGUGUCGCCCGGCGACCCUGCGUUCUGGCACCAUCAUGGCAUGAUUGAUCGCGUGUGGUGGAUCUGGCAGAACCUCGAUCUGGCCCAGCGCCAGAAUGCCAUAUCCGGCACCGGUACAUUUUUGAAUGCUCCGCCCUCAGCUAAUACGACGCUUGACACGGUGGUCGAUUUAGGGUACGCGGCGGGGCAACCGAUAGCAAUGCGCGAUCUGACGAGCACGACGGCGGGGCCUUUCUGUUAUUUGUAUGUUUGA